AGGAGAGCCUUUAGGGGAAGGAGGUGUGGUAUUUUGUUUUACUGAGGUGCUGCUUCAGUUGUGUAGUUGGAGCUGGGACAAGGUACAAGGUCCACCCACCAUGCAAGUUAAAAUGAAGAGUCCGCUCGGGUUUUGUGUUGCUUUGGUCCUUCUAGUGAGCUGCUCAGAACAAACUGAGGAAAAUCAGCAAGCUCUCUUUUUUCAAGGAAUAGACUGCACACAGAUUAAGACCACAUCACCACAAGCAACAAGUGGAAUUUAUGUCAUCAAGCCUGCUGGAGUCAAGAAACCCUUGAAGGUGUACUGUGAGAUGCGUCGAGACGGUGGCUGGACUGUGUUUCAGAGACGCAGUGGAGGAUCACUGUCCUUCAACAGGAACUGGGAAGCAUAUAAAAAUGGAUUUGGAAACGCAACACACGACCACUGGCUCGGCCUGAAAACAGUUUUUGCUCUGACUAAAAAGAAAUCCAAGAAGUGGACUUUGAGGGUGGACCUGUGGGAUCAUGAAGGUGGCACUGCUUUUGCAGAGUACAAGAACUUCAAAGUGGGAAAUGAGAAAUCCAGUUUCAAACUGCAUGUUGGGAAAUACAGAGGAAAUGCAGGUGACGCCAUCCGCGGAGCCUAUCCUGGCAUAGACCAAAAUGGUUUCGGCUUCAGCACCAUUGACCGGGACAACGAUGGCUGCUCUCCAUGCAUCUUUGGUGACAUUGCUGUGUCCAGGUGCAUCGAUUCAGAGGGUGGUGGUUGGUGGUACAGCAAGUGUGGCUCUGCUGCUCUAAAUGGCGAUUGGCACCCGUUUGGUCAACACAUCGGCUGGUCUUCAGGUCUGCACUGGCUCACCUGGAAUCCUCCUGCACCUUAUUCAGUCAAGGCCACCAGAAUGAUGAUCAAAUCUGA